AUGGAUGGAAACAGAGUUAAACGAAGACUUCUUUUUCUUUCACCAAGUGCUGCUUCUGGAAAAGAACGUGAAUGUAGGGUCGAAGAUUUUGAGAGUUUAUCAAGAAAAGCUAUAGGAGAAGGAGCAUUCGGGCAAGUAUAUAAGGUCAGACAUGUGGAAACAGGCAAUUUAUAUGCAAUUAAAGUAUAAUUUACUAUAAAUAUAUGGAAAAAUUUUUUUUUCUAAAAAUUACUAUAGUCCUUGGCUAUGCUAAAUUAUUAUGGAAUAAUACAAAAAAGCAGGAUUAUCGCAAAAGACAUGCUUCAGCAGCUGAGAAGAGAAAUUAGGAUCAUGUACUGUCUAGACCACCCCAACAUCAUAAAGCUGUAUAAUCACUUUGAGGAUGACACAAAUUUCUAUCUGAUUAUGGAACUAGCUGAAGGUGGCUCACUUUUCAAUAAAGUUGUGAAACUAAAAAGCUUUGAUGAACCGACAGCUGCUCAAUAUUUAAGAGAACUUGCUUUAGCAGUGCAAUACCUGCAUACGAGAGAUCCGCCAAUUAUUCAUAGAGAUAUUAAGCCGGAAAAUAUAUUUUUAGAUGGGGAUGGGAGAGCUAAAUUAGGAGAUUUUGGCUGGUCAAGCUUCAGUGAAGGAGAAAGAUCAACUAAUUUCUACAGAAUAAAUAUAUUUAUUUAAAUUUUUUUUAUAAAAAAAAUACAGACCAAAAGAUCAACUACUGUGGGACCUUGGAAUAUCUAGCACCAGAAAUGAUUGAUAGGAGCGGACAUGACACCAGACUUGACAUUUGGAACCUUGGAGUUCUAUUAUUUGAGCUACUAACUGGAAACGCUCCAUUCCAAUCAAAAAGCCAAACCGAGCUCUUCGCCAAAAUUAAAGCAGUAAAAAUAGGCUUCCCUAAAAGCUUCCCAGUAGCUGCAAAAGAUCUAGUUAGAAGACUAUUAAGGCCAAAUCCAGCAGAAAGAAUAACAAUUGAAGAGCUCCUUGAGCACACUUGGAUGCGGCAACACCCUCCAUCCCGCCCUACUGCAAAUUUAACAACAGAAAAGCAGCCACUUCCAGAAGUCCCAGAAGAUAGCGAAAUAAAAUUCCAAGACCAUGAAUACAAAAUUAUUUCGACACCUGAUGAGACCCAAAAAACAGCUAUAGGCAUAUCCUGUAAAUAGCCCGAUUUGGCUAGGGAUAGAGGCAAAACUUCCCACUUGGUUCGGCCAAAAUGGAUUGGCCGAACCAAAUGGAAGGGAGGCUUAUUUGUAACUUUCUAUUUAGUUCGGCCAGCUAGCACAAGAGCGAACGUUGCGUGUAAAAUUGAGAAAUAAUAUUUUGAGGCUUGAUGAAGAUAUCCACAAAGCAAACCAAAAUUUGAAGAGACUUGAAGAAAAACAGCAGAAAAUUGCCUUGGAAUCUCAUGCUGUUCAAAAAAAUGUAAAUUAAUUAGGGAGAUUUGAAGAUUUUAUUGGAAAUUUAUCAUAGAUUUGGAGAAAAAAUAGGGGUUUUAUUUGGUGGAUUGUAUUUUAAUGAUAUAAAAAAGCAUAAAUGACCUGAAAAUUCAAGCACUGCAAAAUGAUAUGACCAGUUAUGAUAGAGAAAGCUUGGGAUCUAAUAGUGAAGAAACAAGAGAUACCUUGUCCGCUUCACAAGCAAAGCUAAGACAAAUUGACUUUGAGCUUAAAAUGAAGCGAAAAGAAGAAAAAGAGCGAAAAAAUGAAUGCUUUAAUAAAGAGUUAAGGCUCUUUGUGAUGGAAAACACGCUAAGGGGGUUGAAAAAUGAAUCAAGAACUUUGAAGUGAUUUAUCAUACACUAAAUUAUAUUAAUAAUAAUUAUAAAGUUUUAUAUCAUAUUUUCUUUAUAAUUUAGGAUAUUUUAUUGUUUUUUAAAAUUUAUAAUUUAAUUUUUUUCAGUAUAACUCAAUAUCAAAAUUAAAGCAUCAAGUCGUGGAGCUUAGCACUGUCAUUGAAAUGCUUUCAGACGAAUCUCCAGUGCCAUUAAUUUCUUCUAGCCUAGAAAGCAUCCAUUUCCAGCUAAGCGCUAAACCAGAAAUCCAAAGAGUUAUUGAGACUGCAGAAGAAGACAUAAAAGCGAAAGAAAUACAGCUCAACGAUCUUGAAAAAGGUAUCAUAGAACUGCAAACAGUUUUGCAAUUACAAAAAGAUGUCAAGUCUUUAAUGCGAAUUAAUGCUGGAUAA